GAUGCGUGCUUGUGGUGUCUGUAGUUGAACAGCUUGCACAGUGGCACAACAGCACGGUAAAGGCAGCCAUGGAGAGACUGUGCAACUACAUACCUGAAAACCUGCAAGGUUUCUGUUACAUACUUGCUGAACUUUACGGACCACACAUAGCUGAACUCAUAGACAGGGAAAUGAAUGCCGAUGUGGUCUGCCAUUCCUUGAAGCUGUGUAAACAGGAUCCAGGACAACCGCUUUGUCACCUCUACCCUCCUCCAAAGGUGGGGCUGAGUACUGCAAUAAGAAAAGCAAGAAGGAUUAUGAAGACUUCCAAGGACCUGAAAAGCUUCACGGGGUUCUCCAGUGUAUGUGCAUUUCCUCUUCUGGCUAACCUCUGUGAGAAGAUUAAAUAUGUCAUAAGAAAUAAACUACCUUUUGAAGAUUUUGAUGGAGAUAAAUUUAGUACUUUCCCGACACUGAGGGGCUAUCACUGGCGAGGCAGAGACUGCAACGACAAAAACACCACGGUGUACCCUGGCAGACGUCCUGAUAACUGGGAUGUGGAAAGUGACUCUAACUGCAAUGGCAUAUGGGGCGUGGACCCAAAAGACAGAAUUCCCUAUGAGGAGAAAUUCUGCAAAGGUGCGGACUCGCAAGGGGUCGUGCUGCUGGGAGACUCGGCCGGCGCUCACUUCCACAUCCCUCCCGAGUGGAUGACCGUCACGCAGAUGUCAGCGAAAUCAUUUGCUAAUCUCCCAAUGGCUUUCACCAACGAGCUCGACUGGCCACAGUUCUCCGAGAUCACUGGAUUUCUGAACUCCACCAUUGGAGGCUGGACAGACUCUCUGUAUCUACGUUUACGCAGGAGAAAUCGCUGUAAUCACAGAGACUUACAGAACAUUUCUCAAAAUGGUGGUUCUUCAGGAAACCUCCUCUAUUUAAUAAAAAGCUUGGCCAGAAAUCAGCUGUUGGACAAUCCAGCCAUAGUUACCUACGCCACGAUUGGGAAUGAUGUCUGCAAUGGGUAA